GGUGAAGUUGCAGAUAUCGCGAGAGUUCGCUCCUAGGUGCCGGAAACGAAAAAGAACACCGCAGCUACUUCGCCUGAGUGUGCGCGGCUGCCGAAAUAGAUAACAGUUCCCGAAACUUUCGCAGUACUCUCUGAAUGCCUUGCCUCCGUGAGUGACCGGAGAGACGGGGAUGCGGGGGAAAAAAUAGGACGUCUCUUUGCCAGGAAUAAAGAUGGCGCUGCUGAGCCUUGGAAAUUCUCCGCGUUUGGAACCCCCGGAAGCGAGGCUUCCCGUGGCAAGCAUGGCUGCCGCCGCCGCCGCCGCCGCAGGCGCUUGUCGUGGGAAGAGGCGUCUUUCCUCGGCGAUGUGGUUUGGAGGCCCAUGUGAAAAAGUGACGUGUCCCUAUGAUGCUAAUCAUCAAAUGUCUAAAUCUUCCUUGGAGAAGCAUAUGGUGUCCUGUAGGCUGAGAAAACUAGAGUAUUCUAAAGAGGAGGAGACUGAAAUGUAUGAUUCUACUUUUUUCUAUGAGAAAGCAAGGAUCCCUAAGGUUCAAAUGGGUGAGUGUGAAUGUGCUGACAAGAAUUUGCAGUUUCACAUUAUUAAACAAGCCAUUGCUAAAGAGUGUGGAAGUUACUAUGCAGGUGCUUAUUCUUCUCAGCCUGUUGAAGUUCCAGAAAACCACAAGCGUUACAUAUGUGAUUUGACUCAAGCUGACCGUCUUGCAAUCUAUGACUACGUCCUUGCAGAGACAAAGAACCAGAGGUCAAGAUCCCAGCUGACAGAAAAUGACAGUGAUCUGUUCGUAGAUUUGGCAGCUAAAAUCAGCCAAGAGGAUGGUCAGAAAGGUCCAAAAUCUCAUCUUGAAAUUCUUGCGGAGAUGCGGGACUACAAAAGGCGACGCCAGUCCUAUAGAGCUAAGAAUGUACAUAUCACUAAGAAAUCCUACACAGAGGUAAUAAGAGAUGUAAUUGGAGUGCAUAUGGAAGAACUUGCCAGUCACUGGCAGGAGGAGAACAGAAGUGCAGAAACUUGUGAAGAUGAUGCAUCCUCUUUUUCAGCAAAGUCUUCAGGAAGAAAGGAAGAACAGAGAUCUGCAUCUGCUGAUUCAAGACAGUCUUCUGAAAGCUCAAGGGAUGCUGAUCAUUCUAGACACAGGAGAAGUUCCAGCAGAAGUCCGGGCAAACGAAAAAGAAGUCGUGAAAGGGAAAGAGAUUCCCGCAGGAAAAGAGAAAGAGAUGAGGACAGGCAUCAUAGUCACAAAAGAAGAAAAUAAAAUGGACAUCUUCCUUAACUGUACAUGGGCAAUACAAGGACUAGAAAUUAAAUUGUAUCCAUUUCAUCUCUGUAGCAUCAGAUUGCAGCUUUGCAGCAGUGUCUAUUAGGUUAUAUUAUAUCAGCUGCCUGUGUGUUAAAUAAAUGUGGUAUGAAAGCUGUUUCAA